GGUGAUUGACGGGACGGGAAAACAGGGAGAAGUCAGCAGGGGUAGGGCCGCUGUGGAGAGAGUAUCGGACCGUACGGGCGCCACCGGACCAUUGCUGGGAUAGCCUCGGCACAGGAAGGGACUUCCACCGAAGGGCGGCCGCGAUGUCGUCGCUGAGCAGCCUAGACACCAGCUCUUCCGUGUACCCUCCGGCACAACUGUUGAACUGGGUCUACCUGAGCCUGCAGGAGCAACAACAACAACAGCAACAACAACAGGGCCAGGACGCUCCUCAGUUAAUCGGACACGGUGGACACCAUGGCCCCAACAACCAGCAAUUCAACAAGUUGAACUUGGCCCCUGGCGGUCCCAGCGGGAAUUACAACAUGAACCUGGGGCUGACGUCUGCGCCCGGAGGGAUGAACAACGAGCGGCAGCAAAUGUUCAACGGCAUGAACGGCGCUCCUGCGCACGCGCAGAUGACGCAGAUGAACAACAUCAACAACAGCCUGGCGAACGGGAUCGUGACGGGGCUGGCCAACAUGGCGGGCGGGACGCCGAGCGGCACCAUGGGGGGAGGCGGAGGCGGCAACUACACCGGCGGCGGCGGCGGGAACGUCGGGAACGGGGGGAGUCCGUACGGUUCUCUGGGAGACAUCGCUGCCCUGGCCGACCACUUCUCGGACCUGUCCAUCAACACGCUGGCCAUGGAGCGCAAGCCGACCAAGCGCCCGCCGCCCUCCUACCUGUGCCACCUCUGCUUUCAGAAGGGCCACUACAUCAAGGACUGCCCCCAGGUAGGAUCACAAGCCCGUCCGAAGGGAGAGGGACUGACGCCCUACCAGGGGAAGAAGCGGUGUUUCGGCGAGUACAAGUGUCCCAAGUGCAAGCGCAAGUGGAUGAGUGGGAAUAGUUGGGCCAACAUGGGCCAGGAGUGCAUCAAGUGCCGCAUCAACGUGUACCCACACAAACAGAGCCCCCUGGCGAAAACUGAUGGUAUUUCCACAUUUCGUCUCUCUCUGCAGCGCCCUCUGGAGAAGCCAGAUGGCCUUGAUGUGUCCGACCAGAGCAAGGAACACCCGCAGCACCUCUGUGAGAAAUGCAAGGCUUUGGGUUACUAUUGCCGCCGUGUUCAGUAAGCCUGUUUACUGUCGAUAGGCACUGAAAGAGUAUUCACGGCAAAAGGCAGUGUUCUCAAACGCCAAAAAUUGAAAAAAUCAGUACAGUGUACUUGGUUUAAAACAUGACAUGAACUUCUAACGCUAACAAUGGAAGUGGUUUUCUUUUAAGCGACUGUCGUGAGGCGUGUGUCCGAUUUUAAUCGCUACUUGGCUGAAGUAACUAAUAUAAUGAUACUUCCAGCGUGCCUUCGAAAUUAGCAAUACCACAACGUGCCCUUUCACAGAACAUAACUUACUUCAAGCCGUCUGUGCCUUCCAGAACGUCUGUGGCAGACAAUUCGUCAGUUGUAUACCCAAAAAGUACCCAAUAGCUUGCUUUCUGCUGUUUGCUAUUUUCAAAUCAUGGAAAGUCUGCUGUACAACUGUGGAAAACUAAUGCUGAUGCAUGGUUCAGAACUGACUUUGCUACAUUGUACGGUCUUCUGGUCAAUGUUUCUCGCCCCAUUCUACCGAUAGCUAAACUACAACAAUGCUUUUCAUAUACCAUCUGUAAUAGCAUGUUUUACUAUUUAGAAAUGACUAACUUAACUUUAGACACAGUUUUACAUUGUCUGUUAUACUUCAAGCGUUUGUCGAUGGACCUGAGUACUAGUAUGUACUUACUGCCGAUGGCACAACAGGCCAGUACAAUCAAAUGUCAUUGUAACAUCCAGGAAAAGUAUUAUUAUAAGUAUCACCAAAGUUUUUUUUGCAUAUCAAGUCCACAUUUUGCCUCAUAAGAACGGUAACAGUGUACCAAAUAAUUUGACUUUCAUGGAAUAUUCGCUGCUUAAACAAUGUUUUAUUUCGAGACCAGAGUUUUGAUCUAAAACACAUGUAUUUGCACAGGCUCACCGAAAAUAUUAAGUUUGAUAUUACAGACGUCAUAGUUGACCAUACUGUAUUUUAUUGACGUCCAGUUGUAGGACUAAAUUUGUAUUAUAUUGUGGCUUGCAUUUCUCAUAUGUGCUGCCUGUGGAGAUUUGAAUUGAGAAAAGAUGAAUUUGAGAAGGUAGUAAUGCACUGAUGAACUGACAAUCACUGAGACUUGAGAUUUUAAGUGCCUAAGAUGAUCUUAAGAAGAAUGUUUUGUGUAGAGUAGAGAGUUAAAGUUUUACCAUGCUGUGCCCUUACUGUAACCGUCCAAUUCUUGCCUUAUUAACAAUCAUGACUAUAGGAAAUUUGUUUUUUAGAGUCUCGUAAAGUAUCGCGAGACCGCUCGAGACUGUGGAAAAUCUUGCCAUGUAUCAUACAUUUAUUGUCUGUAAAGUGAAAGAUCGGAGAUAUUUUAGUCCAAGUAAAUGGGAGUUAUACAUUAUCACUGUGAUGUUAUACUACAAGCAACCCAGAGUUAUACUAUUAUCACUGUUGUAUCAUUUUUAUCCCUAGAGGAGAAUGAGGUAAAGGUUUGUACUAUAUUCCUUUUGGUUCUAUCUAUAUCUGUACGCACGGUUGUAUACUAUACUUCUUACAGAACGCACUAUGGAGACUGGCCAUAUUUGGAUGUUAUAGCCAUAUACGUCUUCUUUGUCCAUAUAUGGAAGUUUUGUCUGGGCUAUGCCGAGUUCUGAGUUUAUAUAUCUCUGCUCACAGUUUAUUGUGUUGGAGAACUAGAGUAUAUCUUGUGACGCGAUUGGCUGGAUUGCUGUGUGAAGUUUGAUGUCAUGAAGACUAGGUAGCUAGAGAAAGUGUUGGAAUUGGCCGAAAGUUGACUACUAGCAUGUAAAUAUUAGCUCGUUCAUAGAUGAUACGUUUUUGCUGUACCGAAGUCUGUUUUUUAGAGAAUAUACUGUUGAAUUGAGGUAUGUUUUUAUCUGAAGAAAAUGUCAGAAAAUUGUUUAACAUUCCAGCUGUUUUGUUUGGGGAUAUGUUGUAGGCUGGUUUGUGAGAAGUUAUAAUUUUGGAGUUAUCGCCUCCUAGGCUAUAUUUGGAGUAUAACGCCCCCAAGGCUGGAGUGAUAUAUAAAUAUUGGAUGACAUAUAAGGAGUGCACAUAUUUGUACGGGAUGUUAUGUUAAGCCAGAUACUAUAUAUAUUUGCACCGGUCUGCCAUUUUAAUUUUUUUUCUGUGCUGGUAUCACUUCUUGUCUGGUAAUGACGUCAUUGAGUACGUCAUAAUAGAAAUAUGGCUUGAUAUAGUAAGAUCCUGCUUUGUUGUCUAGUACAUUGUCGUGUGCUUAGAUCUAAUGCCUUAUUAAAGGACGUUAACACAAU